AUGGUUUAUAGCUGUGGUCUCUGUGGUAAAGGGUAUAGAAGUUCUAAAGCCCACGCGCAGCACCUGAACUCUAAAAGUCACUUUUUGAGGGUUUCCGAAGGGAGCAGCGGCAAUGGUGUUGGGAGUACAAUCAUAAAGCCUCUUACACGCCGCGCUCCAAAAGAGCCGUCUCAUCAUGUGGUGCAAGAAGAUGGAGAAAGUGAAGAGAGUGAAUGGGAAGAGGUAGAUCCGGAAGAAGACUUAAUUGAAGAGGCCCGCGAUUCAUUGGGAAAGCUUAAUGUGGAUGGAAACCCUUCAAAUGCUGACAUGGAUGAGGAUGAGGAUGCGGAAUUUGAGGACUUGGAUCCUUGUAGUUGUUUUAUGUGUGAUUUGGAGCAUGACACAAUCGAGAACUGCAUGGUUCAUAUGCACAAGCAGCACGGGUUCUUCAUUCCCGAUGUUGAGUAUCUGAACGAUCCCAAAGGUCUUCUCACAUACCUUGGCCUCAAGGUGAAGAGGGACUUUAUCUGUUUGUACUGCAACUGGAGGUGCCAUCCUUUCAGUAGUCUGGAAGCUGUUCGAAAGCACAUGGAAGCAAAAAGUCACUGUAAAGUGCACUAUGGUGAUGGAACUGAAGAUGAGGAAGCAGAACUGGAAGAAUUUUAUGAUUACAGCAGCAGUUACGUGGACGUUGACGGGAAGCAAAUAGUUGCUGUUGACGACUUGCAUAAUGCAAUUCAACUGGGUAGCGGUGGAUCGGAGCUGAUUAUAACCAGGCAAAAUGAUGGCUCGAAAUCAAUUAAAAUGCUUGGCUCUCGAGAGUAUUUGAGAUACUACCGCCAGAAACCCCGCCCUACCUCUGCCAAUGGUGCCAUUACUGCAGCAUUAGCAUCAAGAUAUAAGAGCAUGGGUCUGGCAACUGUGCAGUCGAGAGAAAACAUAGUCCGGAUGAAAGUGAUGAAAGCAAUGAACAAGAAUGGUGUUGAGGUCAUGCGCUCUAAGAUUGGGAUGAAAAGUAAUGUGAUACGCAAUCUCCCCAAGAACGUCCCGUAUUAG